AUGACCAAUUCCACCAUGGUGACUGAAUUUCUUCUUGAAGGCUUUGGUAAUGUGUGGGAGCUAAGAUUGCUGAAUUCCAUGAUAUUUCUGCUUCUAUAUUUGUUAACUCUUCUUGGAAAUUUUCUCAUUGUCACAGCCACCACAUUUGAUCAGACCCUUCACACUCCUAUGUACUUCUUUCUCAGAAAUCUUUCUGUGCUAGACAUAUGCUACAUUUCUGUCACUAUACCCAAUGCCUGUGUGGCCUCACUGACCAACAAUAGGACAAUUUCAAUAGCUGGCUGUGCAACUCAAGUAUUCUUAGUAAUUUACUUUGCAAUUGUAGAGAUAAUGUUUCUCACAAUCAUGGCCUGUGAUCGCUAUGUAGCCAUCUGUCAACCACUCAACUACCCAGUCAUUAUGAAUUACCAAUUUUGUGUCAAGAUGACACUGACUUCCCUGAUCAGUGGCCUAAUUUAUUCAGGGGUGCACACAGGCAACACGUUCCGUUUGCCCUUCUGUCAGUCUAAUGUCAUUCAUCAGUUUUUCUGUGACAUACCUUCUUUGCUAAGACUCUCCUGCUCUGAUACAUUUAGUAAUGAAAUACUGAUUCUUGUAUCUGCAAUUGUGGUUUGUGGUGGCUGCUUUAUCUUUGUUGCCAUUUCAUAUAUUUGUAUAUUUUCUACCAUGCUCAAGUUUCCAACUGGAGAACGAAGAAAGGCCCUUUCCACCUGUGUCCCUCACAUCGUUGUGGUUUCUGUCUUUCUAAUUUCAAUAGCUUAUGUAUAUCUAAAACCUUCAGUGAUCUCUGAAACAAUUCAGAACAUUGUUCCUUCUGUACUUUAUACCAUUGUUCCUCCACUGUUGAAUCCCAUCAUUUAUAGUCUUAGAAACAGACAGGUAAAGGAAGCAGUGAAGAAAAUUGUGUUUAGAAAGAUAUAUUCAAGAAAAUUAUGA